UCAGUAAUUUUAAAAGAUGUCAGCCCCCUGUGUAGUCACGCUUUUGCGCAGAAAUCAGAAUAUUCACAAUAAUAUAUCGUUUGCUGCCAGAAAAAUGAGAGGAAGAUUAAGUAUGAAUUCUGUUUCCUGCAUUGAGGCAUUAAGCUUACCAGGUCAAAGGUCAGUUUGGCAGAGUACCAUUAGGUCAAUGAUUCAUAAACCAACUAGUGAGCCCACAGAUCAAGAAACAAACCUACUAGAUGACUGUGAUAAAAGGGAAAGAGAUCCUGAAUUUUACACACCUGUGCCUCCUGAAAGCGCGGAGCAGCAAUCUCUUCUUUUAGCCAGACCUUCAUGUCAACCUGAUGACUCUAGGAUCUCAAGAGUUGCUAUCAUAGGCACACCAAACUCUGGAAAAUCAACACUCAUUAAUAGUCUCCUUGGAAGACGGAUAUGUGCUGUCUCACAGAAGGUACACACGACCAUGAGCAAUGCUUUGGCUGUCAUCACCAACAGGAACACACAAGUGGUCCUUCUAGAUACUCCUGGUCUGAUUAACUACACUCAAGGCAGAAGACACAAGUUGCCAAGAUCACUAUUAGUUGAUGCUAAGAACACCUUACUGGAAUCAGAUCUUGUUGCAGUUUUGGUUGAUGUAUCCAACAAGUGGACCAAUAUGAAACUAGAUCAAGAAAUUCUGCUUCAACUCUACACGCAUUCUCAUCUUCCAUCAAUUCUGAUUCUUAAUAAGGUCGAUGCAUUGAAGACCAAACAGUCUCUGUUUGAAAUCACAGAGUCUUUAACAGAAGGUGUGGUCGACGGCAGAAAAUUUGUAUCUCCCAGAAGAAAGGGAAAGUUCAGUAAUCAUAUCAGAGAGAGUCUGAAAACUGAAGGGACAGAGAUGACGCAUGAUGAGGAGGAAAAUAAGUCAAGGACCGGUGAAAGGAAUUUUACUCCACUCAGGAGUGAUGUAUUAAGAGAUAGGCCAGGGUCAAAGGGCACCAGCCAAUGGUCAUUGGACAAUUCAGCUGUGAUGAUGGAUGAUGUCCAGGAGAUGAGCUUGCCAAAGUCAUCUGUCAGAGAAGAUGGUAGAAUUCAUGUUCAUGAUGGAUCAGGUAAUGACUGUGCAGAACUUACCAGUAGCAUUGCCAGCACUGACACUAAUAACAACCUGCAAACAAAUAAAUUUCUCAUGGCAGAUCAUGAGGCUGAUACAGUCAGUCAGGUGACAAAAGUCCCUAAUUUUUACAGAACUCAAGGAUGUGGAGAACAUGGGUCAGAUUAUGUGACUAGUGAUGCAAGUCUAGACAAAGUUGUCAACACAGUACAAUCACAUGACCUGGAAACGACAAAAAAAAACAUCAUGCAGCAGUAUACAGCCAACCUUUUUGAACUCUCAGAUGAUACAGAUGAGAUAGUUGCUAGGAAACAUGGACAGGGGGAGGAUACAGAGAGGAUAGAGGAGAUGAUGAAGUUGGAGACAGAGAAGGAAGAAAUAGAGAGACAACGAGAGGAGAGAAGAAGGAUAUGGAAAAUGGCCAAGGAAAAGAAUGGAUGGCCUGGAUUCAAGGCAGUCUACAUGGUGUCUGCUCUUCAUGGUGAAGGUGUGCAAGAUUUGAAGGAUUUCUUGUUGACCAGUGCAAAGCCAGGAGACUGGGAGUACCAUGAAGAUGUGGUGACCAACCUUACUCCAGAGGAGAUUCUUAGAGAAGCUAUCAGAGAGAAACUCCUUGAGACCCUUCCUCAAGAAGUACCCUACAACAUCUCACAGUCAACUGAAUUGUGGAGGACUGGUGACCAUGGUGAGCUGCAUAUUGUCCAGACUCUCAUUUGUCAAAAGAAAUCUCAUAUGAGGAUGUUAGAGAAGAAGUUGGCCUGGAUUGGUCGCCAAGCAACUCAAAACCUGAUGGAUGCAUUCCAUACUGAUGUCAAGCUCAGUCUCCAUGUCAGAUUUAAGAAGUGAAGUCUAUCAACUUUAUUUAUAGUAGUUACAAUAUAAAUCUGUAUUGCCUUUAUAUACAGUUCAAUAUCCUGUAAGAGGAACUUCACCCUGUCAAACAUUUCAUUGUAAAAAUAGAAGAAAAAAUAUUGCUGAUGGUUUGAGAAAAGUCCAUCAAAGAACUAAAAAGUUAUUAGAAUUUUUAUUAUGAGAUUUGCGACGUCAUAUGCAAGCAGCUUUCCUACAUAUCAUAUGGUUUUAAAAAAAUCAAUGAAAUGUAAAAUUCUCAGAAAAUUGAAAAUGGUUUUGAAGGGUACUGUCAGUAUAUGAAUAGACCAAUCAUUUUACACCCUUUCCUAAAAGGAAAACAAAAAUAAGUCAUCAUGAACCAUAAAAAAAUUAGAAAUUUAUGCAUUUUAUAUUCUUUAAUAACAUAUGGGGCAGCUGCUCAUUUAUGACGUCACAAAUCCAAAACUUCAAAUUCUUUCAAGCAAUCUUUAAAGAAUUCUCAUCAAACUUUCAUGAAAUAUUUACUAAUUAUUAUUCUGCUAUUUUUACAACAAACUUUUUUUAUGGGGUGAACUUUCCCUUCAAGUUGAAAUCUUGGGUCCACAGAAAUCUGUUUUGCUUAGGCAUAAUUAGAUUCAAAAGAUGUGAAUACAUGUAGUUCAUGUCUUGCUCAAUCUGGUCAGAUAAAUUGCUUUCAUUUAAUCCAUUAUUUUACUUGAAGAGAGUAGGUAGACUUAUGAAGGCUCGACUGUAUUAUUAUUAUCAUUUUUUAUUCGUAGAAUUUUUUUUUAAAGUAAAGUAUGCACACCAUGAGCACAAAGCACUGGAAGUUUCUGGGGUUCUAGAUGGUCUCUUAUUCACACCUAUUAUAGGGAUCUUCUUCCCAAAAUUUUAGCUCAAAUUUUGAGGUUAUUUAUUAAAAGUAGUCUUCUCACUAUACAUACUAUACUGUUAACAAGUCAAAGAACAAAUAACACGGAAUGAGAGUUGGAGGCAAAGUUUCAUAUAUUUCAGCAUUUCCCUUGCUCGAUUUGGAUGCUUCUGAAAAAAUAGCAUAAACACCAUGAAUGACAGUAUCUACAUCUCUAUAUUAUGAACAUUAGGGGUGUUUUUCUGGGGACGAAGGAGCAGCGAAGCGCCCGGUGACUCAAGCGUGAACGUGGGGUAUCGUCCCUUCACUUCAAGUCUUGCUGAAGUAACUGCCCCAGGUCAACAAAUUCCCCCUUCCAUAUUCUUUCUGAGAUAUUUCAACAAACUCCACUGUGAAUUGAGAGUUCAAAACAUCAAGAUCCUCAGAUACUUUAUCAUAGUUGGCUUUAGUGCAGUAGAUUAAGAUUUUAUGCUUUGGGUUCUUUAUUAGUCUAAUCAAAGCAUUCACAAAAACGAUGUCAUGAUCACUGAUGCCUGGUUGACUUGCAGACCAUCUACGAAUGCUGGGUUAUUCAUGAAGCACAAAUCCAAAAGGCUCUGUUCUCUUGUUGGCCUAUCAGCAUUUUAAUAAAGAUUAUGGUCCAGGGUGAUGUUGACCAUCAUUUUGCUUGGCCCAGGGUAUCUUCCACUUGGAAACAAGCAGCUGGAGGUCCAAUCAACAUCUGGCAUGUUGAUGUCUCCAAGCAACCAAACAGAGGCAUGGUCACAAAUUUUCUCUAAGGACGUAUACAGACAAUGCAUGUAAUCGAUUCCAGACUUGUGGGACUGGUAGCAUGCACCAAUAAAAACUGGUGCAACUCCCUUCACAUGGAGGUUAAUUCAUAUCAUUUCACAUUCAUUCUGGUUAAGAUCAUAUUCUUCCUGAGCUAUCAAAGUGUCUUUAACCACUAUGAAGACAUCCCCAUGUAUAUCUCCAGGGAUGCAACAGUCUUUCCGAGAGACCUGAAAGUUGGAUGCAAAUAUUUCUCCUGUCGCGAUGUUAUGAUGCAACCAAGAUACAGUGCCCACCACUGCAUCAGGAUUUCCUCCUGCAGAAGGUUUUGAAGAGAUACAAGAAAAAUUUUCUUACCUCAUUCCACAUAUUUUUUAUGGCAUUUGAGGAACGUCUCUUAGCAGGUAGUUGCUGAAGCUGCGUGUAGAACUUUUUUGCAGUGUUCGGCUUGUGCAACAUGAAAUCAGCAAUCUCCUCUGCAUCUCUGGAUGUUAGAUUCAUAUUUGCGUAUUUUAGAUUGAAUGAAUUCAAAACAUACACAUUUAUUUCAAGCAGCUCACUUUGCUGCUAGGUCCAGAUUACAUAAAAUCACCAAUAGACUUAACAAUUCGUUCAUAAGUUCAUAAAAUUUAUUUCAACUUUCGUACAUGUACAUAAAAGAUGUCAAAGACACCAUUACAGAGUAAAAUCACAUAACAUCAGAAUACAAAGCAGAAAAAAAGCUUAAAAAUUCAAAAGGUGAUAUUUCAUUGAUCGCAAAAUCAGGCGAGACUCUGUUUCACAAGCCACCAUGUUGUGAUCAUAUAUGUAUAAUCAAAAUUACAAAUACUCAUAAUAAAACAAUCACAAUGUAUGUGUUGGAACCUGUCUAUAGUGGCCACCCAAGCUGCCACACAAUCUUCCUCCAAGGGAAAUUGGUUUUAUUGGUCAUUAUCAAGACAGGUGACCACUAUAGACAGGUGGACACUAACACAAGUUUGACUCUAAAAUGAUAUGGGAGUCUUUGUGCUUUCCACAUUCUUGACAUGGUUUGGCCAGAGUUGGAAAAAAGGGACCCAUUCUUCUCAAGGAAGAAUGGUUCUCUGUCCCCUCUUUUCCUCUUUCCAAAUCCUGGUGUAAAGCUCCUAAACUCCAUAUAAGCCUCGAGAAGACUCUGGGCGUAAUUGUCUAUGAUAAUGUGAGCCGCCCCAUGCGUGCAAUAGGUCUUGUGCUCCUUGACCUGUUGAAUAUAAGCAAAUCAUUCCUCUGUCAGCAAUAAAAAAAGCCAAAAUCUUAUAGGUUGUUUGAUCAAUACCAUCUGUAAAAAUUGAUUAGAAUGGAUAUUUUGUCAGAAUGGGCUGUAAUACCUCGGUCACAUUUGCUCUACGACGUGUCGAAAACAGCUGUUUUAUUCAUUUUUUUUUUCAAACCACUCGAACUUAAACUUGAAAACAUCUGUUUUCGACUUGCCAUAUGGCCGCCUUAGAGCAAAUGUGACCAAGGUAUAAGUGGUCAUAUCCCACCUUAAAUUUCCUUAUUUUCCAACAUUCGUUUCACAUUUAUAUCAUAAUUGUAUAUAUUAAAAUAGUAAACUCCUAUGUCUUAUACUUGAAUGUUCAUAAGAAAAGGCGACUUUGCUAUAUGGUACAUGUCAAAAUUGGACCACAAAUAUGGAAAGUUUAUAGCAACACCAACACAUUCCAAAGCCUUUAAGAGGGGAAUUGUGUCAAAUCACCAGGGCAUUUGUAACAUUGGCCCUUGAUCAGAUGUAAAAAAGAGGAAAUGUUUAUUUCAAGAUCACCAAGUCAACAUUGAUGCAAUAUUAAAUUGCAUAGUAAAUGUGGGCAAGACUGGUUGAGACAUUCCCCUUAUUGCUGAUUGGAUGUAUCAAAUGAAAAUAUAUCAAUCAAUUUAAAUCAAACAAUUUAAACUUUGAAAUUUGAAGAAGGACCUCAAGUAAAUUUUGCACUUCACAAGAAUAAUGUUAGAAAAUUGAAUUAGUAUGUAAAGCAAAAAAGGGUGAAUUAUUCUUUUCUGAUAUACCUUAAUUUAUAAUGUUUUGUCAACAGUUUUUCCAUUCUGAACCUCUGAUAAGUGAAGGGUGCUGCAUAUUCCUCCCCAUCCAGCAUUUUGCAGCUCUAUCUCAACUAGAAGAGCAUUUCUGACAGGCCUUACUACCUGUUCCCAACUCUCACACUCUUCUCCGUUGUACUUCUAUGUAGAGAAUGUAAGCAAACGUGUAAAUCGAUAAGAGAAGGGUGCUGCAUAUUUCCCCCGUCCAGCGUUUUGCAGCUCUAUCUCAACUAGAAGAGCAUUUCUGACAGGCCUUACUACCUGUUCCCAACUCUCACACUCUUCUCCGUUGUACUUCUCUGUAGAGAAUGUAAGCAAACGUGUAAAUC